AUGGCCCCCCAGCAGGGUUCCGAGAGCCGCUUCCAGAAUCAGACCCCAGUACACGCCCCGGAGCGAUGCAAACUCGUCGGCGGCGGGACCUUUGGCAAGCGUACUUGGGCGGCCUCCGCCGUCGGCUACCUCGCCGGCCUCGAGCACAGCCUGCAUCGCAUGAGCAUAUGCGGCGAGUCGAGCAGUCUCUUUCGCCACUCGCAUAUGUUCAUCCUCGGAAUGCUCGCUUGCGUCGACUCGAUGAGAGAGAACGAUAUACUCGGCGCGCGAGCGGAGAGGUUCAUGAUGACGCUCUACAUUCGCUGGUUUGCUUUGGCGACCCUCGUGGCCGGGUCGCUCUCUGCGUCGUGCCCCUUCCGCGAAGGAGGGAGUAAAGACGACCAGUCAUACAAGCUCCUGGCUGCCCACUGGGGCGCGCAAGAAGGAUGCGCGCCCGACCCGGCCCCGUGGGAUGCGGUCGGCAUCCCGCGCCCGACCAACACGUACUCCAACUCUAUCGCCAUGAUUUUCUUCCCGGAUUUUGAGGUCCUCGACAUCUACGGCCCUAUGGAGAUGCUGCUGGCGCCCACGCAUGACAACGGGUCCAAAGACUUCUAUGUCGUCUCGUGUUCUACAUCCCCGCAUGUCCGCCACAGGAACGAUAAGCUCGACAGGAGCCCGAUCACUGUCGCGGACUAUUCGCUUGAAGAUUGCCCGGUGACGGAGUCGAUUCUGAUUCCUGGCGGCAACGGCGCUUGGUGGAAGGGCGGAGAAGGGAACUGCAGCAAGUGUCGCGGGAAGAAGCUGCAGCCCCUCGUGAACUUUGUAAAAGCUCGAGCGGCGUUGACGGAAACCAAACGCAUCAUCAGCGUCUGCAGCGGAGCGACCAUCUUGGCAGCGGCCGAAAUUCUCAACGGUCUCAGUGCGACAUCAAACAAGAAUCUGAUGAGUGGCUGGAACGCGACCCCCACAUCGAGGCCCGCGAUCGACUGGCAGUACGACCAACGCUGGGUCCGUGCCGAAAGGGCGGGGCCACCAACCAACCCCGAGCUCGAAAUCUGGACCAGCUCCGGCGUCAGCGCCGGCAUCGACAUGACCCUGACGAUGAUGAACACCAUCAGUCCCGGCAGCGGAGAUGCCGCUGCGAAGUACGCCGAGUAUCGCCACAACAACAGCACAGCCGAAUGGGCCGAUCCCUGGAGCAUCACCCCCCUCCAGCUGGACGAGCUUCAGAAACCGUGCAAUGUUUCCGAAUAUCUGCCCUGCGGAGCGGAGAUUUCUCCCGAGCAGCGCGAGCGGUUCGAGAAGCGCUCGAGCGAGCCCGGCCGCUUAAGCGUUUCUCCUAUCUAG